CCAGAGCCGGGCGCCAAGGCCCGGGAGGUCAGAAAGCCGGGCCGCGGGCGGCACGGACAAGUGGGGCCGGGGUCGGGGACACGCGGACGUCAGGUCGGUGACAGCGGCAAUAAGCUGGAGCACAAUUCCAGGGUUGCUUGGGGUCUGGAGGAGGGUUUUUUGAGUAGGGGUCUUGGUAGGUUGGGGUUCAGGACAGGGAUCUUGAGUGGGUGCUAGCGUUGCAAGAAGUAUGACAUUCUUGGGAGAGGGGUGAAGCUUUCCGGACAGUGUUCUCGGGUGGCGCGGGCAUUUGCAAUGAAGGUUUAAAACAGGGGUCUUUGAAGGUGUAUCUGUCCAGAGCAUGGGUCAAAGGUGGAGCUGUCCAAAUAAUGAGAGUGAGGUGGCCUGGUGAAGGGUGUUAACAUGGGGGAAUGGUGGGAGAUUUGGGCUCUUGUUAGGUGGGGAGGAGGUGCGCCUGGGCAGAGUUCAAAGGGACGAUGGAGGCUCUAGGGCAGUAAUCUUGGGGGGUGGGUUCCUGGUCAGUCAUCUUGGGGACUUGAGAUCCUCUUAAGCAGGAGUUUGGGAUGAUUUGUUCUUGGCAAGGGUCUUGAGAGGUAAGAAGUCUUGGGGAAAGGAUGGAGUCUAGAGGAAGAAUCUUAGGGGGAUGGCGUUCCUGGGGGGGCGUCCAGAUAGGUCAUGUUGGAAUCAAGGAAAGCAGAGCACAAGGAAGAUGUCUCGUGGGUGAGGACUUUACAGUGAUAAGAGAAUCCUUGAGGGCAAAAAGAGGAUCUAGAGGAACGCCCAGGCUGGCCCUGGUUGGGAAUGAGCAAGGUAGGAGAAGAGGUCAUCCCAAGGGGUUUGGAAGCCUCUGAGGAGGGAAGAGGGAAGGUGUGAGGGGACCCUGGGGUGGUCAAAUAGGUUGGAGUAGAGUUCCAGAGAGUGGUGGACCAAGCAUAGCAGUCUCAGGGCCAAGUUGUGGAGGUGCAAAAAGAGGUACCCUUUCCCUUAUUUAUUGACAGGUGGAGUUGGGUGCUAGGUUCAGGUGUGAAGAUAAGAAGUGGGUUGGAGGCUGGGCGCGGUGGCUCACGCCUAUAAUCCUAGCACUCUGGGAGGCCGAGGAAAGCAAUCCUGGAUCAUGACUCAGCAGCCACUUCGAGGAGUGACAAGCCUACGUUUCAACCAAGACCAAAGCUGCUUUUGCUGUGCCAUGGAAACUGGUGUGCGCAUCUACAAUGUGGAACCAUUGAUGGAGAAGGGGCACCUGGACCAUGAGCAGGUGGGCAGCAUGGGCCUGGUGGAGAUGCUGCACCGCUCCAACCUUCUGGCCCUGGUGGGCGGUGGUAGCAGCCCCAAGUUCUCAGAGAUCUCAGGGCUGGCCCUCACCCUGAACCUUGGCCCCAACAACCCACCCACCUGCCCAGCAGUGCUGAUCUGGGACGAUGCCCGGGAGGGCAAGGACUCCAAGGACAAGCUGGUGCUGGAGUUCACCUUCACCAAGCCAGUGCUGGCUGUGCGCAUGCGCCAUGACAAGAUCGUGAUUGUGCUGAAGAACCGCAUCUAUGUGUACUCCUUCCCUGACAGUCCCCGGAAGCUGUUUGAGUUUGAUACACGGGACAACCCCAAGGGGCUCUGUGACCUCUGCCCCAGCCUGGAGAAGCAAUUGCUAGUGUUCCCAGGACACAAAUGCGGGAGCCUACAACUUGUGGACUUGGCAAGCACAAAGCCUGGCACCUCGUCUGCCCCGUUCACUAUUAAUGCCCAUCAGAGCGAUGUGGCCUGUGUGUCCCUGAAUCAGCCAGGCACUGUAGUAGCCUCAGCCUCCCAGAAGGGUACCCUCAUUCGCCUCUUUGACACGCAAUCCAAGGAGAAACUGGUGGAGCUGCGUCGAGGCACUGACCCUGCCACCCUAUACUGCAUUAACUUCAGCCACGACUCUUCCUUCCUCUGUGCUUCCAGUGAUAAGGGCACGGUCCAUAUCUUUGCUCUCAAGGAUACCCGCCUCAACCGCCGCUCCGCGCUGGCUCGUGUGGGCAAGGUGGGGCCUAUGAUUGGGCAGUACGUGGACUCUCAGUGGAGCCUGGCGAGCUUCACUGUGCCUGCCGAGUCAGCCUGCAUCUGCGCCUUCGGUCGCAAUACUUCCAAGAACGUCAACUCUGUCAUUGCCAUCUGCGUAGAUGGGACCUUCCACAAAUAUGUCUUCACUCCUGAUGGAAACUGCAACAGAGAGGCUUUUGAUGUGUACCUUGACAUCUGUGAUGAUGACGACUUUUAAGGACCCUGGGAGUUGUGCUAGGGACCUGAAGUGGCAGACUGCAGAGCUGAGCCUUCGGGAUACAGUGCUGUGGAAGCCACCAGCCAGCAAGCAUGAAGGGGGCCAGUGCCCACUUUCCACUCAGCAGAGCUUUGUCUAAACAAACAGCUCACUUUCCUCAAGCACUUCUUGAUAACUGUGUGCCCGAAGGGCCAGGCCAGGAACCCAGAGGGAAUGACCUAGUCCAACCUGGGUAUUUUUAAAAGCUUCCCAGGAAGAGAUAAUCUCUGAUGUGAUAAAUGCGAAUAAAAGGCCCUCAAUGGCA